CUAUUCCGGACCAGUAAAUAUCGCUGUACAAUAAAGAAUUAAAUACUAAUUUUCAUUGUAUGCGUUCGCUCAUGGUAUAAGAUACCAUGCCGUCUGUUCCGACUCCCUCCAAAGCUGGGAUUAUUCAGGGCGAAUCUGGAGACCGCCAUAUUCCCUCGUCCACACGAGCUGACGGCUCGAAGCGCAAAGAAAUCAAGAUUCGGCCCGGUUAUAAGCCUCCGGAGGAUGUUGAAGUUUACAAGAACCAGACGGCUGCGGGCUUUCGGGCCAGGGGACAGGGUGGAGUACCCGGUGCGGCUGCAUUAAAGAAGGAGGAACCCGAGUCCGCAGCUGCGAGCAAUAAGAAUUCGAAACGACGAGAGGCAAGAAGGAAGGCUGCUGCCACUGCGUUGUCGUCUUCUACCAAUCCUGAGACGGAAGCCCGCACGGAAACAAACUGGAGACAACCCGCCACCAACCAACCCGAAGCUGCAGCGGAAGAGGCUGUAGAUCCAGAAGCCGAACGAGAAAAGAAGGCACGGAACCUGAAGAAGAAGCUCAAGCAGGCGAAAGAUUUGAAGGAAAAGAAGGAAGGUGGUGCGGCAUUGCUUCCGGAGCAAUUUGCGAAGGUGAUCAAGAUCAACGAGCUUAUCCGAGAGCUGGAUGCCCUUGGUUUCGGUCCAGAAGGAGAACCCAAAGAAGUCGAGGCGAAGGCGGAAAAAUGAUCACUCUGAGUUCUAAAUUAUGUCACAUUUAUGAGGGCGUUGGGCAUAUUUUUGCUAGGUUUCGGUGUUAUAAACUGGGUUGGCGUCAAAUGACAUAGACCAAGAUGAGCAUGCAAUCACACGUGGGUGUCAGUCUGGCCUAUAUGUAGCUAAUAUUUUAAUCGCUAAAGUAACUCAUCCUUCGGCCUAGAAGGAAGCUCUUGCAGGGUAUCA